GUCGCCUCGAAUUCAAAUAUCCAACGCUCUUCUCUCUCUCUCCCUUCCCCUUUUAUCUUUUGGGUUUCAUCUCUGUCGCUCUUCUGCUUCGAAGCGAUCGGAUGGAUCUUCCUCCUGUAAAUGCGAUGCUCCACCUGCUCCGUAUUCCCGGUAAGAAAUUGUUUUCAACAACCAGGCUCGCCGUCCUCCUCGCCGGGACUCUCUUUGCGGGAACCUUCGCCUGGUUCGUAGUCCCCUGCCUCUUCAACCUACUCGCAUCCACCAUCUCCAACCUUUGGGUUUCCGUGCGAUCUUCGACUGCUCCUCCUUAUCUUUUCGUCGCCGUCAACUUCAUCAUACUCACGAUCUGGAAGCUCUCCGAAAACCGAGUAAUCCAUUCCGAUCGCAUGCCGGAAGAGGAAAACCCCUUUAACUCUGAUGUUGUUUCUCUCCGAUCUCAAGAUCUCGUCUCUCCUCUUAAUCCCCAAGUUUUCCGGAAGACAUCGAUGGACGAUUCUAGAAAAACCCCAUCGAUUCCUACCGAAAAUUAUAUAUUGACGGAUUCUGCAGAAGAGAAACCCUCUCCAGCACCGGCUUCCGAAUCGUCCUGCAUAACGACAGUAUCUGAAGAGAAAUCAACUGCUUCUUCUUCUUCAGACGGCCUUAACUUACCUGAUUCCGGAUUGACAACCACAUUUCCUAAGGGAAAAGAGGAGAUCGUCGAUUCUCUGGACGCUACUUGGAAUUCCAUCACCAGAAAGAUCGGCCGAUGGGAGAGAUCUCCAUCGCCGCCUCUGAUAGCCGGAAAACAGACGGGCCGAUUGUCGGAGAUGACAGUAAGCGGCGACUGUGCGUUAUCGGAGGGCAAAGACGACAUGAAUCAGCUAUUUGAAGAUUUCAUAAAGAAGAACUAUGAUCAGUUUAGGCUGAGGAAACCUGGAUAGUUGAAUCAACCUUGACGCUUUGAAAAAACGAAUAAAUUAUCUCCGUUUGUUUCAUCGUUUCUGCAAGGUAUAGCGAUUCGAUUGUGAUUAUGAAGAUAGAUGGCUCAAUCGUUUUGAUGAUUCGGGUGCAGAGCAGGAAAAACUGAUUUGCUGGUAAGUUCAUCCUGCCUUUAAUUAUCAUAUAUCAUGGGAAGAUCGUUUCUUCCCUUUUUUUGUUUUUGUUUUUGUUUUUGUUUUUGUUAGAUUUGGAUAUAGCUGGAACUCUUUGCUGGGUUUUCUGCAAUAUAGUUAUGAAUAGUCUUUUUGUUCCAAAAAAACAAAAUUGAACUUCUGAUCUUCCACAUCUUCUUUUCAAUAAUUUUAUUUUUUUCUGAACUUUAUUGCGACGUUGAUUUGUUUCCAUAUUUCGAGUUGUGAUCGAGGUGGGUCAGUUGUUUUCCAGCAUGAAUCCUUUACAGAAAUUCAUAUCAUAUUUAUGAUA